AUGCCAACUUCAUCGUCUGAGAGAAGCGGCUCUCUGAAGCGGCUCUACUAAACAACUUCCUGGUGCCUGGAAAUUAGAAGUUUAAUAUCUUCCUAAUUUAUCUGUUGUUGUGUUUCAUGGAACCACCGCGAGCCUCGUGUAGCAGCUCGACGCCAUAAACGGUGUGAAUACGAAAGCGGAAGAAGUGUUUGGCUAAAGUAGUUAGCUGCGGGUCGGUUCGCUCCCUUCUCGCCGUCAUGCCUUGAGUUCCCCGAGAUUACGCUGAGUGAACGAGAACACGCAGCAGUAGGUUCUGUGGGUUCGCUCAGAGAACACGUCGUAGAACCGAGGAGAGCCGGACUACCCAGUGCGGGGGCUGGUGUGUUAGCUGUACCGAGUCGGCUCCACUCCCCGAGGCUCUCCGGUGAGAUUUACACUGAGUCCCACCGAGAAAUGCUCGUAGAACUAAGCCGCUGUCAAAGCCUCUGAGGGAGACUUCUCAACUCGGUGCCAAAUAUCAUCCGUGUCAGGCUGCAGAAAUGCUGACUGGUAACAGGAAGCGACGCCGUAGCGGUGAGAGCGCUGAAGAUCAGCAGCUGAACCCGCAGCCCAAGAGAUCAGGAGGGGGUCCCUGCCUGCUGGUGUCGGACCUGGACUCGGAGUCCUCCAGCAGCGACAGCAGCAACGGAACCAGCAGUCCAGAAAGGGCAGCUGAGGCCAGCGCCGGGCCGAGCGCGCGCCACCAGAAGAACUGCGGCAGACCGGAGCGUGAAGACUCAGCCGGCUCCUGGCAGCGCCGUCUCCAUGGCCACGGGCAGAGCGCCUUCUACGACCACAUCAACAGAGUCCUGCGGGAGGCGCACUUCAGCAGCCUGCAGACCAGAGGGUGGCUGGGCUCGACGUGACCUUUGACCUCUUCUGUUGUGUUAUUUAGUGCUGAAGCCUUUGACGCCGUCACAGCAUCCUGGCGCGGGGUGUCGUGGGUGGAGUCUGGUGUGUGUGUGUGUGUGUGUGUCUGAGUGGGAGGUUAGGAGGGUCGAUGAGCCGCUCAGCUCAUCUUGUCAUUGGUUGAGACCAUAAGCACAUCUUCGACGACGUAUUAGUAUCUUAGUUAGGAAAAAAAAGGGAACAGUAAAUUUCCGCAAAAAAAAAAAAUCAGAAAUUUUUAAUCUCGUUUUUUUUUCUUCUAGAAAAAAACAAGUGAAUUUCUGAUUUUGGGAAGUCGAAAAUUUGCUAGAAAAAUCUCUGAAAUUUUCAGGGUAAUCUCAGAAACUUGGGAGUUUUCAGUUUCAAAAAUUGAAAACUUUCCAACUUUUGAAACUCAGAAAUGGCCCUGAUACGUCGUACACAUCCGCCUUUCCAUGGCCUAGCCACUGUGUCUUUUUUUUUUUUCUCGUGCUGUGUUGAUGUGUGUGUGAGUGUGUGUACGCACCUUGUGCACUUUAUCAAGAAGUAUCAUUCUUUUUACAUGCGUGCGUUGGUGCAUGGACAUUCUUCAUUGGUGCUAAUAACAACAGAAGUGUGACGAUGAUCCAAAGUGCUUGUGAAUUGAAAUAAAGGUAUGCACUUUACUCCA